AUUUACGUCGAUAUUUUAUGGGAUAGGCAAACGUUACAGAUUUAAAGGCGUGUUUGUUAUAUUUGUUGGAUAAACCCAAUUGCCUUAUUAAACAUUCAAACUCUCAUGUGCCUCUUUAUCUAAUCUUCUAUUGUUUGACAUGACUUUGGAAGAUCCAUUUUAUGUUGUGAAAGAUGAGGUGUUCCGGGCAUUAAAUAAAACUCGUGGCUUGUACCUACGCUGGCAAGAGUUGUUAACAUCCCCAGUACUUCCAAAUUCUGCAGAAGUUGAAUGGACCUCAAUAGAACUUCGAAGUGCCCUGCGUAGCAUAGAAUGGGACUUAGAAGAUUUAGAAGAUACUAUCAGCAUCGCAGAGAAAAAUUCAUCUAAAUUUAAAAUAGACCAUAAAGAGAUUUGUGACAGAAGAACUUUUAUAGAGGCUACUAAGCAGGAAGUCCAGGUCAUGAAGAAUAAAACAAGUAUUAACAGAAAUAUUGAUAAUGAUGGAACAGCGCAAGAACCUCUUUUGGGUGAUGGCAGUCCCAGGAGAAGCAGGAACAUGUGGACUCCAACACCAAAAUGCUCUAAGAAGAAAUAUUUGAAGCUUAAUUCAGAGACUGAUAGUCCUAACAGGGCUAAUGAAUUUGAAAAUGGAAUGGGUCCACCAGACCAAGAAGAAAUGUUAGAAGCACAAGAUGAGCAAUUAUCUAUGAUAAACAACUCUGUGAACACACUAAAAUCUGUGUCUACUUACAUUGGACACGAAUUGAAUGAUCAGGCAAUAUUGAUAGACGAUAUUAACUCUGAGAUGGAAAUGACUGAUUCGCAAUUACACAUUACGAUUAUGAGAGUCACCAAGGCGCUACAUUUAACUAAUGAUAAAUAUCAGUGUGCUGGCAUUGUGAUAUUAAUAGCAAUUUUGUUAUUAUUAUUAAUUUUAUUCGUUGUUUUAUAAAUAUAUAAUGAAACAAAAGCUAGUCAUAGUAUCAUUAUUAUUAGUGCAGUAUCAUACAUGAUUUGCUAUAGUGUAAGAAUCAAAUGAUCUCUAUUUUCAUGUAAUUUAAUAAUUCAAAAUGUAAUUAAUUCAUACUAUCAAAUCCUACCAGGAUCUCAUCGUAAGUAAACAUAUAAUUAAAAAAGUCCUGUGAUCUUAUACUCCGAACUUUAAGAUUGUCGUGAAUUUUUUGAUUUAUUUAAUUAAAAGUGAUUGUAACAGUUGAACGCUUGCACACUUGCCGUAUUGUGAUAUUUGUACACGAAACGUUUUUCGUACUAAAUCUAUGUUUGUUAAUUAUUAUGACAGCUUUAAAAAUAAAAGAAAAAGGAAUACUUUUGCUGUUAUGUAAGGCACACGAAAACUGAAUAUAAUGGGGAUUUUUCUUUAUUCAAAUGACCUUAAGUCAUUUCGAUUCGUUUAAAAAUUAGUCUUGGAAUUGACGAUAUUACAUUGAUUUGUAAUAGAUUAAGGAAUAAGUUUUGACUUUUUUUGUUACUGAACAAACAGUAAGUUUUUUUAAUAAUUCCUUUACUGUGUUAUUGGAAUUUACUAAAUGUUUACCUGGCUGAUACUUAAACACAAGUGCACAUGCUUACAAUACGACAAAUGUGCUAUUUACAAAUUGGUGAUAUUUUCCAACCAGAAUUUAAACGAUAGACCAUCAAAUCGCCUUAAUAGAUAUAAAAUAUACUAUUUCGCAAUCAUUUAAAAUAUUUUUUUAUUAUUGUUAUCUAUUUUUUAUGUGUUUUUGUUUUAUAUAAUUUAACUGUUACUCAAGCUUAAGUAGAAUACAUAAUUUUAUUUUUAUACUAUAGUAAUUGUUAUAUUUUGGAUGGUAUUAUCGUUUUUAAGUUAGGGUCGUCCUCAUUCCUUAAACCAGGUGAUUGUCUGUGGUAGGCGAGUGUAGCAGCCAUAAACAUCAUCUCAAAAGCCUCGUUGGAUUUUUGAAUUAGAAUUCAAGUUUGAAAUCUGAAUACUUUACAAUGGAAUUCAAAUUCAGAAAACUAAUGUUGUCAACCUUCCAUUUGUGAGUUGGAGAAAUGUGUGUCAAAAUAUAUUAUACUGUAAAUGUUCAAGUCAAAUUAUUUAUCACGUGAAUGAAAUUUUAAUUAACUAUGGAAUAAAUAAUAGUAUUGAAA